CGGCCGUCACGCGCGUCGUCAGAACGCGUGGAGGCAACCUGUGGCGAAACUUUCGAGCAAGUCGCGCUGCGCGGUGCUGCUCGGGACACGCGGCGCCCAAUGGAGGAGCGCGCGCGCGCUGACGCCGCCGCUCCGCUCGGCUCGGCACGCCCCCAGCGUGGAUACAAGCGGCAGGAACGGGCGCUCGGGAGACGCACUCGCUGUGCUGGAGAGGGCUCGAAGGCGCGAUGGGAGUCAGCACGUCCAAGUUUCUGGAGUCCCCGUUCCCAGCGUCGUUGCACUAAACAAAGACGUAGUUUUUUCUUUUUUUUUUAAUUUUGUUUUUGUUUUUGGCCGGAGCGGGCUUGUCUGCAUUUUUGUCCGAGGCGUUUCUGUCACAGGAUGUGAAUGAUAGUGAAACGCCGGGUAAGACCAUAAAGUCAGUUCUCGCUGAUGAGAACGACGUCCUCCUCGCCGCCACCGCUGCACAAAGGGAACCACGGAACUACUUUUUCUUUCCCUCGCGUCAUCUUUUCAUUUCUGUGAAUGUCCUCGCGAAGCAGAGGGGGCUUUCUCAAAGACAAAAUGGAUCACUUUGCAGCAGAGUGCCUUGUUUCAAUGUCCAGUCGUGCAAUUGUUCACGCUCCUAAAGGGAAUAGGGAGACUAAACCAGAAACCCCGUCCUCCUCCAAGAACGGAGAGGAAAUUAAAGAGCCUUUGGUGAGAGAUAACUCGUCCCUUUUCGUGGUUGCGCGGAUUCUGGCGGAUUUUAACCAGCAGACUCCCAACAAUGUUGCCGAGCAGGCAAAAAUAAGGGAUGAGAGCAUGCCGAACCUGAGAGAUGAUGGAAACUCUGCCACACCUACCACCAUCUCCGAUCCUUCUCUAAGACAAAGAGCCAAAAGAUCCAGAGGUCGAACUGAGCAAGAAUCACCGCAGAAAAAGCACAAAUGCCACUAUUCAGGUUGUGAAAAAGUUUAUGGCAAAUCAUCCCACCUCAAAGCUCAUCUAAGGACACACACAGGAGAGCGGCCUUUCCCCUGCACUUGGCCCGACUGCAGCAAGAAGUUCGCCCGCUCCGACGAGCUGGCCCGCCACUACCGCACCCACACGGGCGAGAAGAAGUUCGGCUGCCCGCUGUGCGACAAGCGCUUCAUGCGCAGCGACCACCUGAUGAAGCACGCGCGCCGCCACUCGGACUUCCAGCCCGGCAUGCUGAAGAGGCCCCACGGCGGCGCCGGCGGCGGCGCCACGCGCCCCAGCUCCCUCAGCGACUACAGCCGCUCGGACGCCUCCAGCCCCACCCUCAGCCCCGCCCUCAGCCCCGCCCUCAGCCCCGCCCUCAGCCCCGCCGACUCGCCUUAAACUCCAACCCAGUCGCACUUUCCGCGUCGGACCUGCGAGGCCCGUGUGUUUGUGUCACAGCUGUCGGCCGCCUUCCUCUGCUUCCCCUGCGCUUGCUGUGGUGUACCAUACUGUACAUACCUGCUUAUUGUAGUGCAAUUACUCGUGUGAUCCUAAAAGAAGGUAAUGCCUUUUCCAGACGGCAAUAUUCCCAUUCUGUACUAUACGCCUGUGUUUUCCUGGCUCCUGAUCAGUGCACAUUGUCCAGCGUACGUUCAGUCGGCGACUCAAGGUUCAGACGGAAAAACGGACACGCUGAUGAGUCUUAUCAAAAAGAUCCUCCUUUGUUUUCCUUUGCUUUUAUGAAUGGCUGGGGAGAAGGGGUACACACACACACACACACACACACACACACACACACACACACACACACACACACACACACACACACACACACACACACACACACACACACCUCAGGAUCAAAGACAUUUGCUACUCCUGUAAUACCACAGUACUUGACAGUACUCACAUUGACUGCACAAUAUGCUCAUCACUUUACUCUGAAAUUCAACCGCGGUUGAAUUUUGCGCCCUGCUCAGGGAUGGCCUUGUUAGCUUGAACGAAUGAACAUAGCGAAGAGAAACAUGCCGUACAUAGAUAGCAGCCUUACACUCAACACACUUUGCACUCUUUCUUCUUUCUGUUGUCGCUCGCGCUCGGACGGUAAAUAGUCACAGGCCGUGUGAUUCCAAACCAAUCUCCCAGUCCCCACUUCCACGAACGCAGGCCGUCUGCCGCCGCGGUCCCAUUCAGCCGCCGUUACGCUGGGUUCAGCAGCGUGGGAGGACUGGGCUUAUGGUGGGUUAGCAGUUUUUUAUAUUUUAGGACCUUUAAAUAGAGACAGUAAAGUUUCAAAGCAGCUGUUCGUGCUUUUUUUUAAAUGCUGUUUUUGCCAGCGUGGACACAAAGGGACUUUAAGCUGAAACAAUGUUGCUCCUUCUCUUAAGCACAUAGGAAAACGUACCAAAGACAAGAGUAAAUGAAAGCUCCCCAUUCAGCCAGCAGGGCCUGUGGUUGGCUGCAUCGUAGAUAGAGCCAGGCCGCCUGCUCGCAUACACCCCCCCACCCCCCCCUCUUGUGGGCUCCCCAGAGGAAACAGCUGCAUCCUACAAGACUAUUCACAGGCCGCAGGAGGAGGGCUGACGCGCCAUUCCAGCCGAGUCCUCCCUCGCACGUCUGGCUCUACCUGUCCUGUCAGGGCGCGGCGGCGCUCCGGGCCCACCGGGCCGCCGGGGUCACCCGGGGGUCGAGUGUGAGCCGGGCCUGCGACGCGAAGCAACGCGUACGGAGCUGUAUCUGCAACAGGCAGGCGAGAGAGCGGCCGUCUGAUAAAGGAGGAGAGGUUUAUCGUGAGCCGAGCAGCACGGCUGCUGAAGAGGACACCCAGUCCCAGACGCCCACGUCUGCUCCUCCUCCUCCUCCUCCUCCUCCUCCUCCUCCUCCUCCUCCCUAUACUGAGCUGCUGAGAGCGAGUUACGAGGAAAAAAUUCUCCCAAUUCGCUCUACGCGCUAAAAGCGAGACGUCAAACAGCUGCUUUCAAACUUUCUCUCUUUUCAAACCGUUGCUAAAACAUUGGAGCCAGAAGGAACAUAUCAGCAGAGUGCGGUGACCACCGGCCUCGCGCCGUCCUGCCUGUGGAGCGCAGGCGGCCCGUGAGAACCCCGACCUGUGUUUUCUAGGCAGACACGCCUCAGUAAGUCGGGCGGGAGGCACAAAGGCCCAGCAAAGCUGCCGUGGAAGCGGCACCGCUAUCAAAACUGCCGCCGCCGCCGCGCCGGUCUGUGGCUGGAGGUGCUUUCAUCUGUGUCACUUGGUUCCGUCAGACCCGAGUGACCCCCCCCCCGGCCCCCCCUCCGUCGUGCCCCUGCAGCUCUGUGCAUCACGCUAUGUGCAUGUUAACGACCUCGCCCUGAAAGCGCAGGGGCUCUGAGACGGUCUGGCAGGUGGACGUUUAUGAAUGGCAGGCAUUGUCCCGCGGCGGCCAUCUCUUCAAAGCGGUCGAAGAACUGGCUGUGUCACAUCCUCCAGAAAGAAAACAGCCCUUAUUCAGACCGAAUGCAGUAGUCUCCUUCACGCCGCCGCUGCAAAAGAGAAAAAGAUCGGCCUCUGUGAGAUGGUGAAAAUUGUGUCCAGUGCAGCACGAGGCCUCGGAUCAGCUCCGAUCCCUUAGUGAAAGAAGCAUUUCUCAAAGUUGUCGAUUUCAACAAAUUCCUGUUGAGCAGCUUCUCUUUCCCCUCCCAUUUUUAAUUUAGCUUCCUCUUGCAAAAAAAAAAGAAAAACCAUCUUAAUAGCUCCACCCAAUCUCCUCUCGACCCAUGAUCUGCACAUUUACCUCAGGGUCAGCCUCCGUGGGGCAGAUGUGGGACCGGGGGACCUGCCGGCCUGGUCCUGGGGGCCUGGUGCUCGCUGCUGGUCAGUGUCCAGCCACGCCGGAACCACCGGCCCGGCUCCUGACAGGUCCCAGUCCCAGUCAGCCAGUGGACUCACAGCACAGCGCCUGUGACGGUGUAACCAGCCCAGUCUCUUCCCCCACGUCGAACCGUACAGAACCGCGUACAGAGCGUCUCCUUUUACUCUCACUGUACCAAACCUACUUGAAUCAUUCAACGUCGAAGGCCAUUGAACACAGAUUUGUACAUGUCCAUUUUUACUGUACUCGCUCCGGCUCUCAAAUAGUUAUUACCGUGUCUGGAGCGAGGUGUACAGCGUGUUCUCUGAUGAUUUCCUUUCUAGAUUUUGGUUGUCUUUAAGUCAUUUCAGUCGUCAUCUCUUUAGCAUUCGUCAGCGCGUUAGACGUUGAGGCCAGUUAAAGGAGCCAUUGUAAGUGAAAUAACAUCACUUUAACUCCAUUUACUGGGGUUCACCCCUUUAAUUAGUAACGCUUAAAUACACUGUUGAUGUCAGGAUCCAGGUUGUUCCAAAUAGCCUGUGGCCCAAACAUUCCUUUAAGUCCAAAAUAAAAGGACUGUUUGUUUUUGGGUGUUUUUGAUGAGAAGUAAAGGAAACCUCCUAGACUAGAUGUCAAUUUCAGAUCCUUGGUUUGAACGUUUUCCAUAAGAAUAGAGACCACAGCAUUGUGAGUUAGCAAUGUAGUCAUAAUCUUUUAUUAUUGCUUUAUUUGUGUCCUUUGAAAAGCUUGUAUAAUUUUCAAAACCAUACCUCUUGAAAUAUUUGACUUUGUUUUACCUUCAUAUCUUUUCAAAGCAUCCAUCAAGUAGCUCACCUGCGUUUGACGAGUAGCGCACAUAGUUUUUUUGUCCCUACUUGAGUGAAGAAGAGAGGUGGAUGUAAACACUGGGCUACAUUUUAUAUAAUCAUUUUGUCAGGAUACUGCACAUCCUUAUAUAUAUAUAUUCAAAAAAAUAAUCUUUCCAGGGAAAAACGUAUUUUUUAUUAUUUUAUGUUAAAAAUAUAUGUCAAAUGUACUUUAGUUUAUUGAGCUUCACAUAUUUGUCUGUAUUCAAACAUUAACUUUGUGAUGAUGUCAGCUGUAAAUUAUGUUGAAAUGCUAAAGUCAAGCAUCAUUGCAGACUCCAUCAUGAGCACAGAUUUUAAACGAUGGUAAAAAACAGAUGCGAAGUUUCUAUAGUGCAUCGCUUACUCUGAGUUCAAGUAACAAUACAUGAGUUGCUUAUUGUCUAGUAUGCAAAGAACUAACAUCAAGCUCACAUUAUUGAUCUGAAUACAACUUAGAACAUCACCACUGAGCUCAGCUUAUUAUUAUUGAUUGAUGCAAUUGUGUGCCAAAACUAUAAAUGGUAAAUUCAUGAUGAUCAUACAAAUGUUGAGGAUGAAAUGGGGGAAAAUUGCUACUAUCAGACAUUUAACGGGCUUGUACAGUUUUAUAAUGUGUGACAUGUUUUUAUGUUAUGUACAGCAACUCUGCAUAUUUGAUAUACAAGUGUUUUAAGUUAAAUAUUUCUUUUCUGCUUUGUGUAAACAUUCGGAUUGUGGAGCUUUGUGUCCAUUUUGGUUCUUAUUUAAGUUUGUCUUCUUUUAUUUGCUGUACAAUAGACACGCAUUAUAUAAUGGUUUAUUACAGGUAUAUCUGACACAAACAAUCUUAACGAACAUCCAACCAUUCCAAAGGAUCGAACAUUUUAUUUGCUAUAAAUGUGCUGCUUACGUCAACCUGAUGCAUUUUGUAAGUCAUACACAGAAGUCGGUCGUGACUUCGGCUUGUACACAAGGUACGUUUCUCCAUGUCGACGUUUUCCAGGUUAAACUCCUUCUUUCCUCCUCCACGGGCUCCAUGUUUGGGCCGGGGCCCAUCUGAACUGAAACCAUACAUGCAAUAGGAAAAGGUGAGGGACAUGUGGAGCGUGUGUUCCCGAGGCCGCUCGGGGUCUGGCUGAGGUAGAGGCAGGUGAUGGCACAGAGUAGCCGUUGAGCAGUGGGUGAGCAGGGUUCAUCGCUGACUCCACACGGACCAGGUGUUACCAAAGGCUAAGGGGGGAGAUGUGAAUGUCGCAUGAAUUCUGAGCCUCCGCGUUCACCUCUUCAUGCUGUUAGUGGGUUUUCUUGCUUGAUAUGGACCUUUUUCUACACAUGAGCAUUUUUGUUAUAUUUUUAAAAACAAUUUGAAUGAACAAAGCCCAGUUAAUCGUGUAAAGAAAUGAAUAAGGAAGGAACGGGCAGGAACAUGCAGCACCGCAGACUUCAACGGUCUGGUUCUGCUCGGUCCGACGAGCGUCUGACGUAUUUGCUACUGACGGGUCUGGAGCUCUCUCUCGGUCCUGUCUGUCCUGCGUGUCUCCACAGUGUACCGUUGCUCUCUUUUUACCUCCGCGCGCUCCGCCUCGGCCCGUCACCGUCAGUUGCCUGUUGUAGUGACUCCGCGGUGCUGCUCCCCCCCCGCUCAGCACCAGUAUAAUCUAAUCUGUAAAUAACUCGACUCAGCUACGGCCAGUACAUUCUCUUAUGACCUCAGUCUAACCUUCAGGUGUAACUUUGUUUUUUCUCGUUUCUCUCAGCAAACCAAAAUCACUACAUCAAGUAUUACAGUUGUACAGUUCCUUGGAUCCCACACGCAUUCAUGUGCUGGUCUUAGCUGCUCUGCUGUAUCUUUUUAUGGCAUUAUUUUUUACAUGUUAGACAAUAUAUUGUGACCAUGUCCUAUGCAAAUAUGAAAAAUAACAGAUUGUUGAAUAAUGUAUGUUGUCAUAACUUGUAUGCAUGAUAUAGUGAAGUUUACAUUUGGAAAUAAAUUCAUAAAAUAAGCAGCUAAA